UAGCAGUAGGGGGAGGAGGAGAUGAGCUGGAAGAAAAUUAAGAAAAAGGAAGAGCGGAAAACAAAGAGGAGGGAUUGAGAGAAACACUUUUCGGAGUCUGGAACACGUGGAGACAGACGAGGGUGACUCUGAAGCUGGAGAGUUAAAUUAUUUUGAAUGCAAAGCUGACAUUUAUUGGUGACGGUCUGGUCUUUUAUUACGAAAGAACGUUUUUGUUUUGUUUUAAUUUAAAAAGUUAUGUAACUUCGUUUCCCGAAUAACUGAUGAACGGGAAUGUCGAAUGCGUUUCCCUAAGCAGUAAAUACUGGUGGAAUUCCGGGAGUUGGGAGUCUUGGUGAAGUAGAAAACGCAGUGAGAAAAUGCGAGGAGGCGAUUCAGGGAGACCGGGGACAAGGAGCUCUAAACCCGGGCGGGCGUUCUUGGUCGACUCGCUGCUAAUUUGCCUCUUUGCUGGGCAUGGCUCAGCCGACUGUGAUGAUUGUAUAGAGUACUGCUGUGAUGGGGAGCCCCCUUUCUGCUGUUCCUACUACGCCUAUGUCGGGGACGUUCUCUCGGGCACAGCGAUUUCAGGGAUAGUCUUUGGCGUGGUAUUCCUAAUGGGGGCCAUGGCCGCCAUUUUCCUGUGCGUCUGCAUGUGUGUGAAGAACGGGCAGGGUGCACGGGUGGGGGUCUUCAGAGCCUCCCACAUUAACACCAUUUCCCAUGGAUACCCAGGACCUCCCCCACCUUAUAACUAUGACUACGAGAUGAAUUCCCAUGAUAUCCUUCCACCUCCAUAUACCCCUACCCCACCCAGGACUGCCAACUACUCUCCACCCCCUCCUUACCCUGGCCACACCCGCAAGUAGCCCUGACUGAGUUCAAGCAUGCUGGGACACGGAAGUCAAAGCACGCGGAUGCAAGCAUUUAUAGAGUGAGCCUGAGGAGCUACCAGGAGACCAAAUAUGACUGACCAAUGACCUCUGCACAUCUAUGGGGAGGAGAAGAGAAGGGAGGGAAUCAAGGGGUGGGGAAAUGACCUCCCAGAAAGCAGAGGAGAGGAGAGCCUGAGAAGAUAGCUGGCUUUCCCUGCUAGUUUCCCUCAUAAA